AUGGUGGCCAAUGCAAAGGUCAAUCAGCUCAUGUUGGAGCCAGGUAUGUGGAAUGUAGAUUUCUUAAAGCAACAUUUCUUACCUGUGGAUGUGGAUAAAAUUUUAUCAAUUCCGUUAUGUGAAAGGACUGAGGGAGAUGUGGCUGUGUGGCAUUUUAAUGAUGAUGGGCGGUACUCCGUUAAAUCUGGAUAUUGGUUUGGGAUGGAGUUAAGAAGGAUGGAGAGGGGAUCGACUAGUGGCAGUGGGCAUGCUAAUUCAAACUCCAUUAAUAUUUGGAGUCUCAUGUGGAAUCUUUCGAUUCCGAACAAGGUCAAGCUUUUCUUGUGGAGGGCUUCCCAUGCUUUUCUACCUUGUGCUGAGCUUAGGAAGGUAUGGAAGGUUAGUUGGUUAAAGGGGGUUGUUAAGACCUGGAGAGUGGCAUGCUUUACAGACUUGUUUUCCCUUGUGGCUGAUUGUGGUGAGCCACGAGAACUGGAAUUGUUUACUUUAAUUUGUUGGUGGAUAUGGAAGGAUAGGAAUGAGGUGUUUCAUGGUAGCAGCUUAGGUUUGGAUGCUCAGGAUGAGUCUAUUGGAGAGGGGGCUAAUGCACAGGGCGUAAAAUUGUAUUUUGAUGGGGCUUCUGACAUGGAUGCAGGACGUGUGGGGUUGGGAGCAGUAGUGAUUGAUGAAGGAAGGUGCUUGAAGGGGGCAACUGCAAUACCCAUGAUUAAGGCUUUAGCGUUAUGGCAUGGCCUUAAAUUGUGUAAGCAUUUAGGUGUAAGCAGGUUGGUAAUUAUUGGUGAUGCUGCAAGUGUGAUUAAUGCACUAGGGCACUAG